UAUGGCCAAAACAAUCUGGCAACGAUGCUGCUAGCUGGUGGAGAGGAGAGCCGCGGGGCGGAGCAUCUUGUGACUGGCUGUGCAUCUGGGCAUGAGCAGAUCACUUCACCAUCACCCUCCUGCCCAGGGUGAGGAAACGAGUAACUUGUUGCAAGAAUGAUGUAGUACCAGCUGUCUUUCAACUACGGUCACCAUGGGGACUCGUGCGGCAGCCUUCACUGCCAAGAUUCGAAACCUGACAGAUUACCACUUACGGCUUCUCCAUGGAGUGGUACCACCACCUUCUGGAAUUGACAUUGCUAAUACUCUCAAAUACUUCUCUCAAACACUCCUUGGGCUGUUGCGGGACAUUCAGGCUAGGCCGCUGGACAUGCUUCACCACCGUGCACAAGACAGUGAAAGGCUGGCACUCUUUCCAAACCUUGACUACCUGGGUCUUCACCAGGCACUUGUGGCUCUUGUUGAUGUGAUGCCUCUUAUACAGUCCGGAACUCAGGGGUUUGGGCAGGCCCUGUUGAACACACUGGCUUGUCUGGUGGUGUUUCUGGAGCGGCAGGUCAUUGACACAUUGCCAUAUCUUAUUGCAUCAAUGAUGACUGCUGUGCCUGAGCCACUACACCAACAACUCAUCACAACUCUCUGUUACUACAUACUACCUGUUACUGUGGGUGCAGCAGUAGAGGAAGGAGAGGAGGAAAACUAUGCCACUGCCUCCGUUCCAGCUGUUCUUAUGAUGGUCUUCCAGUACACUGACAACUCAGCCUAUCAUUGUGAGCUCCUGGAGAGCCUCAUGGCCCUCAAGCCAGAUAUUGUCAAGGACCUCCUCUGUGUGAUUGCGUUUGGCACUCCCUCCUCCCGCCCACCUGCUGCCAACCUUCUGUUUUACUACUGGCCAAGCCUGAACCCAACUCUGUAUGACCGUAGAGGAAUCCACAUCAAGUUCAGUGCUCACAGGAAACUGAUGUCCUAUAUUCUGUUCUCUUUUUCCUUUGAAGUGACAAUGAUCUACAUUGUGUUGUCGUGGUCCUUUAGUUCAUGCACAUUUCUUUUUAAGCAAAAGGUUGCAUUAUACCAUUUUCUCAUUCCUUGCUUUUCAUUUUCUGCCUUGUCUCUCAUCUCCAUGGUACAAGCUGCCCAGAGAAGUAAUGGUGAUGAAAGGAAGCUAGGCAGAUGGCAUUGCAAAGACAUCCUGAUGGCAACAUAUAUUGCUUAUCAAUACGGUGGCUACUGUGCCACCUUUGUAAUGAUUGAAAGAUCUAUGGGCAAGCUGUUUGCCCUGCCCAUGGUGAAGGCUGACAGCAGUCCUCAUCCAACAUUUUAUUGGCAGAACUUGAAGUACCUGGUCAUAAAAGAUUCAGUAUUUUGUAAACUAAAGAUGCUGUUGAGUUGCUACAUUCUCCCUAUUUCUGCCUGCUUCUCUCAACCCCUCUUUCUCUGCCUGUGUUCUUUACUUUCACUCACUGCUACAGAGUUGUUGUUCUCUCUUCUAGACAUAUCAAGUGUGUUGAGGGCAAUGUUCAAUAAAUCGGCACAGGCCGCGAAAAGUGAUUCGAUAUCCCAGACUGCAAAUUCUGACAGUGGGGAAUCGAAGAGUCCAAAAGGGGAAGGCUCAACACUCGAGGGUUGGAAGCCUCUGCUGUGCCAGAUUGAAGAGUGUGAUGGUGAUGGCACUAGUGAAGCUGUCAAGGUGUGCCUGGACCAUGCUGUAUGUCUCAGUGCCUGUCCAGACAACCCACCACCCCUCUACCUUUGCAUAGAUUGUGCUGAGGAUAUCAAGCGUGAGCACAACACAGUGGAGUUCUUUGACAUCCUCAUGCCAAUGGCACAGGUUUCUGCCACUUGUGAGAACAAGAAUUGUCGCUCUACUGAGAAGAAUGCAAUUGCCACCUGCUUUAGUAUGGAAUGUGCCAGCUACAAUAUUAACCGCCCCAUCCGCUACUGCUCACAAUGUAAUAACAUUCGCCACAAUAAUCGGCGUGGAACAGACCACAUUGUGCACACCACGAUUGGUUCACCUUGGGCUAUGGAGCCACAGAUGCAAAAUUUCACCAUUGAGGCCAUUGUCAGCUUGCUGAAUGAAGCCCAACCAUAUGGAGACAAGACAAAGAGCAAAGACCAGGAACGCCUUAAUAGAGCUGGACUUCUUGAUGACCUUGACAAAGGCGAUGGCCCCAGCCCUGAGGAGGCACGUCUGCUGAGUCGAUAUGGAGUAUGGCUAAUUGUCAGCUUGUGUGCCCCCACUUCUGACACACCACCAGAGGUCUUGGGUCGCCUCCUUGCAGCUCUUUGUCAUUGGUACAAUGCAACGCAGUAUUUACCUGAUGACCAGCAGCGCACCUCCCUUGAGCGACUCAAGUCAGAAUACCUUCACAAUUGGCUGCAAGAUGUGUGCAAGAGCCACUUUGAAGUCUUUGUUGGGUGCCUCAUGCCUCACCCAGUGGAACAUGCAAGAGUUGGGGGUCACUGGGAUGCACUGGCCACUCGUACAGAUCACAUCAAGGAAGGCUUCAACAGGCUCUUCUGCUUAGUGACACAUGAGCUGGUGUCACUUCAGGUGUGGGACCGUGUGAUGCCGCACUGGAUGGAGGCUAUUCACAACGAGAUUCCAGAAGAGGAACGGGAUGAACUCAAAAUCACUCUCAACAAACUCUUGGACUCGGACAUGAGCCCAUUGGGGUUUGAUGCAGCCCAGAUGUAUCAGUUCAUCACUCUGCGCUUCACCAAGACCUCGGCCAGUGUACAGGAGCAGACACUUUCAUGGUUGCAGAUCUUGUCAUCUCUAAACAUUGUGGUGUCAAUGGACCUCCUGCUGGGGAUGUUCAGUGAAGGUGUGUCAUCCCUGUGCAACACAUCACCUCCAUCUAGGAAGACCAGCUCAUCUACCCGGCCAGAUUCUUCUAUUUUGGAACCAGUGGUGGAGGAUGACCUUGGCAGCAGUUCUGGCCUCUCUGAGGAGGACCGACCACCCUCAGACCAUCCUGAAGACCACUACUCCAACCCUCAGCUGAUCCUCACCUGCUUUGUUCUCAUGCUCGAUGUUCUCUUCAAGCAGAUGGAGGUGCAGGAACUGGAGCGCCAUCAAGGCACAGAAGCACAGCAGAGCCAGUCCAUCAUGAUCCUUAUUCGAGACAUGUUGGCUGCCCCAUGCCUGGCCCCACACACUUGUGAUGGACACUUAGACUGCACCACCUGUGAACUCACCACUACUUUUUUCCAACUGGCCAUGGAUGUGGUGGCUUUCUUGUGUCCUCGAAUGGCUAUUCAAAAUAACAGGGUUGCAGAUAUAAUUCCACCAGAAAUGGAGUCAUCCCAGACCACCAAGAGUCCUGAGCUCUCCACCACACAGGAUCCCCAGAGUGGAAGCUGCACCCAGUCCCCAAGGCCCAGCAGCCUCCUCACACCAAGAGAGGUUGGACUUAUUUCCGUUAUGGCCAAUAUGCCCCAGAUUGUGACGGCUACAGUGGAGACAGUGGGUGAACUUGACUUGGCUCCCAACAUUCCCCAAGAAAGUGUGGUGAAAGCUGUAGCCCGAGCUGUCACUCUCACUGAGGAGGAUGUGGCACAUGCCACAGCAAAUGUUGCACAGCCAAGUGUGGUGGGGGAGGAUGACCAGCCUAUUGAUCUCACAACCCAGCCAGAUCAGGAUGCUGCAUCAGAUUUUUGGGAAACUUCUCAGGGUCGAUUUAAGUUUAGGCUGGAGGAGCUGCCAUCGCACCUCCAAGUGGUCCAUACUCUUCUGAAUCGUUUAGAAGAAUACGAGGAUGGAGACGUGCUGUACCACAUCUGUGAAUGCCUCAAGUAUCUGGUACUGCAUGGGGAGGCACUGGCUCAUGCUGCAAGUGACCACCGAGGUUUCCUCAUCUGGUGUCAGGAGAAUAAAUCCAUCAGGAUCAUGUGGUCACUGCUGGAGGCUGAGUGGUCCCAGGUGGCAGAGGUGUGUGUGGCACUGCUGCUCCAUUUCAUCACCCUUCCCUGUGGUGCUGACAUAUUCUGGAAGCUCUGUGAGAACCACUUUAACCACCAAGACUGGAAAGUUCGCUUUCAGGCUGUGGAAAAAGUGGUGGUCAUGGGACGAUUUCUGGGGAUGUCCUCUGUGCACCAGUGCCCAGGACUUCAGGCAGCCAUUGCACAUGCCUUCUGCUUCCUCAUCUCCUCCCUGGAUGACAUCAGUGUAGCAGUGGCCCAGCGGGCCUACCUGUACCUCACCACACUACCAGACAGUGGCUUGCGUGCCCUAUGCUGGUGUCUAGAACAGCAGUUUGACAGUGUGAUCAUGGACCGCCCAAUGAUUCUGCAAGCUCUCCACCAGCUUAGUUCCCGCCUUCCUGAUCAGCGUAUUCUGUCCUGGGAGUUUUUCUUCAACCGUUUUGAUGCCCUCUAUCUUGAAGCUCAGAUUGCUCUUGAGAAAUAUGGAGACAUUGCUUUCCCUCGAGAUCUGAGAAAUUCAGACAUGACAAGUGAUGUGUUUGAGCGAAAACUGAGCCGUGCUAAAGAUGCCCUGACGCUGGUGCAAAGUGCCAGCGUGCGAACUCUUUCAGGAUCCCUUGGCACCAAAUGGCCUUAUAAAAGAACCAUGUCAGCCCCAGCUAACAUGCUUAACAGAGCUGUAGAGAAGCAGGUCCAGGAUAAAGAGAAGGAAAAAACAUACCUCCGCCAGGCGUCCGCUCCGUUGCUUAAGCGCAAGAGCUCAAAAUUUGGGCUCGGUCAGUGCAUAGGCUCAUACCUGUCUGAUCAUUUAGCCACAGGGGACGGGGGGGUGCGAUGUGGUGAUGAUGGCUCAGUGGUGCACCAGCUGCAGCGAGCGAUGGACCUGGAAGAGACAGACAAGGACACACUUCACCUUCUUGUCUUCCUCUUCAUGCAGUUCCUCUCACAGCCACAUGCUGGUGGAAUUGAGGACAAGAGCAGUUUGAAGAUGAUGACCCUGGUCCUGCGCCACAUCAGUGUGUUGAUGGGCUUCAGUCCCCAGGAACAGUGUUUCUCCAUCUCCCCCUCAAGACUCAGAUGUUCUCCAGUCUUCAAUGCAUUCCUUUCCAACUUACCACAUGUACUGGACCACAACUUUAGCAUGGGCAAACUUCUGCUGCCCACCUGCCUGCCAGUGCUGCAAUUCUGUGCUGCACCUCACCGGGUGUUGGAUCUUCGCUACCCAACUUUCAGUCUUUGGUGUCUUCAGCCACACCCACGCCGAUACUGGCUCAAAUCUGUGCUGACUUUUCUCUAUAAAUUCCAGACUUCUCUUCAUCUCCAGUAUGAAUAUGGACAACAGCAGUUGUCUUCCCAAGCCCUCUCACUGGUGCGCAUUGUUCUCAAUACUCUUGAUAGUCACUUCCAUCGCUGCCGCAAGGUGGAUGACCCAGCGCUGUGUGGAGCCAGCUCAGCAUACUCUCGAGAGUUGAGCCAGGGGUCCAUAGGUGGCAAUGAAGGUGACCAUGGAGGUGGUGGUGGUGGUGAGUCUCCGCCCCCAUCGCCUGGCCUCCAUCCUGCCCCUACUCGCUUCCAUCCAACCUCUAGUGCACCACAUCAGUUUUACUCCAACCAUCGUUCUGCCUUUGUUCCCGUGGGUGGCCUGGACUCCAGGGGUAUCCAUGGGCAUCUCAAGCUUGGUGGUGAAGAGUCUAGGAAACCAAGGAAGGCCAAUGAACAAAGCCAAGGCCCAGAUGGAGAAGAAGGAGAGGGGGAGCUGGAGGCUAUUCCAGAGAGUCCCAAGACAGACACACCCAGCAUGCAGGAAUCGUUUGGAGAGACAGAGGUGUGUGAGGGUCUGGUUGGGGACCCCCACCAUUCUCAUGCUACUACUGCCACUGCCUCUGUAGUGGUGCCACCAGCCCUCAGUGCCCGUGCUGUUACUUCUGUCAUGGCCUCCCAAAUUCAGGCAUUUGAUGAGUCUUUCACUGUCAAGAUUCACAAUGUUGAGCUUGCUCCACUGCAGCCAGAAACAGGAGCAGCAGCAACUGGGACAACUGGGAGUAACCAACACCACCGCCAUCACCACCACUACCCUGAGGCUGAGCACACAUACAUGUCCAGUCAUGAGAGGCCAUCUCGGGUAGAGACAAAGAAAAUUCAUCAAGCCACCAGUAGCAGUAGCAGCAGCAGCAGCUACCUUUCCCCAAAGGCCAUUCCUACCCACAUGUGGGCUCCUUCCUCAGUUAAGGGUUUCCGUCCCAUUGACCCACAAAGCUACACAAAGUACAACCCUGAUGCUGCAUCCUCCUCUCAUGAGCGUCUGUUGCCAGUUGGGCUAGGCUCAGAAAAAUGCACCACAUCAGAGUCUGGGUGUGGGCUGCAGGAGGCAACAGUAAGGGAGGGGGAGCCACAGAUGGGUCGUGUGGUGGUGCAGGAAGCUCCCAGACUGGAGGAGGCUGUGGUGUCCAAGGUCACAGUGGAGGAAGCAGUGGGAGUUCAGCAGGCGAGGGUUGAAAUGAAGCAAAUAGUCAGUGUGGAUCCUCGCCAUGCCAGAGUCACAGGAGAGGAUGUUGCCACCUUCCGCCACCACUGCUCCCCACAGUCUCCACUUUCUCUCAUGGACUUGAUGACACUAGGAUCACCAGUUGAGGUGGAUGAGCAUGGAGCAGUUGUGGACUCUCCAGGAACCAAGGCUAUUUCUCCCCCCAAUGCACUAGAACUUCCCACCCCUGAGAGGCUACUGCCAGUGGGUGGAGAAAAGACUACACCAAGCAGGAAACUGGAUGAUGGGCAGCCAGGGUCCAUUCUUGAAAGAGUUUGGCAGGCAUUUGGUGAUUGGGCCAAUGGCAGCAACAAGUCACAAGGUCAAAGCAGUGACUGUGAAUUGCAAGAGGUGGUUGCUCAUCAGGAAGUUCAGAAGGAGACUCAUAAGACUCUUAAACACAAAAUCACUGGAGGCAAGGGAGCAAGUGCUGAGACCAACACUUCAACAGAGGAUGCCACAGAUACCUCCAAUUCAGGCACUACAACAACUAACUCAGGGCCUGGCGAUGUGUCUCUGGGAAAGGUGCUGAGUGGACGGACCAAGCCACUGAAUGAGGAAAGUGAGGAUGAAGGCAAGAAGGAAACCUUCUGCUGGAGUGAAAGGAAUGACAUCUCCUUACAUGGAGCCAGAAUUUCUAAUGAGACUACUCAGGGACCUCCCCCACCACCCUCUAUCAAACAGUCAGCUCUUAGAGUGGGAGAUGACUGCAUGGUGUACAGAUGCAUGGAGUGUGGAGAAGUACUGGAAGAAUUCUCAAAUGACGAUCUUGGCCUCUGCAUCAUCAUCCUGUCAACCUUUGUGUACCGGCAGCCAGGCCUUGCUGCUCCACUCCUCCCCAGAAUGCUCAAGACUGUUGCAAGGGUGGCUGGGAGUGAGAUGUUCUCCUGGCAGUAUGAGAGUCCUGUCCACCUGCCAGGCUCAGCCACCAGUAUUGGCAGACAGUUCCUGCGUUGUGUCCUGCACCAGCUGGCACCCAACCAAAUUUUCAAUCAGAUCUUCAAUACCAAUAUUGAGGAGUCGCAGCGUGUCCAGCUCUUCAAGACCCUUGCACAGGCACUUACUGACUUCAAUGAACUGAAUCCAUCUGCCCCCAUUCAGCUCCUACUUGAGAAUCUGAACAGCUGUAAGGAAGUACCAACAGACAACCUGACACAUGUGCUGUCCAAUGUGGCAUGUUACAUGGAAUGUGUAGGAAUAGAGACUGGGGGAGGUACUAUUGGAAGCAUUCUCUCUCCCAGCUUGGUGCCACUGUUUGAUGCAUUCCUUCGCAAGGUUGUGCUGUGUGUGGCAGCACUAGGAGACCUUGACUCUGUGUUGAGGGUGCUUGUGGCUGUGCUGCGCAUUCCUGGGGUAGUAGCACACAAGAGCAUCCUUGAUCCAGUGUCCAAGCUGCUGAGUUAUGCCAUUCAGAAUUCAGCAAUCAAUUAUGAUCACCUGAGCAACCUGUGUCACCUGUGCAACCGCAUCUUCUCUCGGGAACGGGACAAGUUGCUGCUGCCACGGUUGGUGGUGUACGAGUUGGUGCAGGCACUCAAGUUCAAGACGUCCAUCCCAGACACCAAUUUGAUCCUCCUGGUGCAGCUAGUACUUCAAGACAGUGGAGGGACCCUGGGGAGUAAUACAGUGGUGGGAGAUCUUCCAAGGGAGCUGCAGGACCCACACCAUCUUCCAAACACCUGUGCUGCUGAGUGUAUGCUCUCCCACCUUCAUGAUGCACUGGAGUUCAUAGCAGAUGUGCACACCCUCACUAAAGUCAAGUCUAAUUGCCACAGUGGUAGUGUGGGCCUUAAUGAGGACACAAUGGGGGGACUGGUAAAGGCUGGCAUAUCCCAGUACCUAGCAUUGGAAAUAACUCGUGGCAACAGCCGCGACAACCGUGCCAUCUCCAAGUACCUGCCAUGGCUCAAUAACCCACCUACUGCUGUCCAGCAAGGACCACGGGAGUUCAUAGAUUGUGUGGCUCACAUCCGGCUCCUCUCGUGGCUCCUGCUGGGGGCACUGACACACACCUGCCUGGCAGGUGCUUCCCCUGCCAUGGUGUGCCAACCCAUUCCUCCUGAAGCCUCAUGCCACAUUGCUGACCACAUUCAGGUCAUCCUGGCAGGAUUUGCUGAACAAUCCAAGGCAUCAGUUCUUCACAUGUCCUCCCUGUUCCAUGCAUUCAUCUUAUGCCAGCUUUGGACAGUGUACCUGGAGCAAGGUGCUGGAAGCCCUGGGUCAGACACCUACAGCAGCUCUUGUGCUAUUCUCACUGACUUCUGGGCCAAAGUGACUCCAGGCAUCUUGCAGCUGGUGUCCUCAUUCGAAUCUGAAACAGCUCAGCUUGGAGAAAUGGUGAAUCUUCACUUCCUGAGUCUGAUGGAGGCUCUUCACGAGUGCCAUUCCACGGUGCUCACCAAGCUGCUGCCACUCUGGGCCCCUGUUCUUUACACCCACCACAUCAAGCUUCCAGGCCAGCUCGCAGUGAGGCUGCAGGCGUGUCAGGAUGCAGCACCACCCACAGAGACAGAGGCACCCAGCGCCGCUGUAGCUCCAGCUCCGGGCCUCCUUCGCUGGUUGCAUCGCCUGCAGUUCAAGAUGGGACAGAUAGAAUUGCAGUCAUCUGCCGCCACACAAUUCUACUCAGUUUAAAGGCCCGGUGUGUGUGUGUGUGGUGUGUGUGUGUGUGUGUGUGUGUGUUAUUGAAGUCAACAUACAGUUUAAGUAUUAGAUUGAUUAAUAUUUCAUUAUUUCUGAGGAUGCAGUGUGUAUUUUUGCCAAAACCUCUAUUUUUUUUUUUUUCCGACGAAAAAAUUGAGUCCGAUUUUAUGCUGACACAGUAUAACGAAGAUCAACGCCACAUCGAUGGAAUCGAACACUUUUCACCAUAACAAUCUUAUAUAAAUUAAAUGAAUGAAUAACACACACACACACACACUUUCAAAAUAUGUAAGAUGGUCGAGUCACAGUUCCUGCUCAUCCAAAUCAAUGCUACUAUAGGCUACCAUAAUAGAUGGGGGAAGGUGGAACUGUGACCUUGCUAUCCAGAAGGCCUACUCUAAUCCUGCCUUCCUGAGAGAGAGAGAGAGAGAGAGAGAGAGAGAGAGAGAGAGAGAGAGAGAGAGAGAGUACAAGUUUCAGCGUGAGGACUCCCACCCAGAUAGUCGAUAAAUUUAGUCAUUCUUGCUCCCCUCCCUCUGCCCUCCCUUCCCCCACACACCAAUACUAUGUUCUCUUCACGUUUGAUCAUCAGUAACAACAAAAUUAUGCUUUGGUAAGUCGCUUAAUAUUUUUGUACUAAUUGUAAUUGAAUUAUGGUUUGAGUACAAUCAUGACAAAUCUGUGCCAACCUCAGUGAGUGUUUGUAAUGGAGAGAUUAAUGGACAGACUUACGGCAGCAGAGUAGAACAGUAUUUACACUUUUCCUGUUGCAAAGUAUAAACUGCUUGAUAUCUUUGUCUACAUAUUAGUGUAUCUAUAUCUUUGUAUUUAUUUAUUUAUUUAUUUAUUUAUUUAUUAUGAAUAUAUGAAUGUAUGGAUGUCUGUAUUCAAUAUUUUGUCUAUUUAUAUGAUAGAGUAUAUUAUUUAUGUAUUAGCUAUUCUUUGCUUGAUGUUUGUGAUAAAAGAAUAUUGAAGAUAAUAUUCUUAUAGGAAAAUAUAUAUAUAUAAAUCUAUAUUUUAGUGGACAAAUUAUAUCAACAUAGUCUAAAUAAAGUAUAUAACC